GAAGACGCCACGCAGAGAAAGCGAGUUUUCGGACCGCCAUAAUAGCGCCAUAGCGGUGUGUACAUUGUCCCACUCGUUCGUCGUUCGUGACGGGACGCUUACCGACGCUCGGCGUCGUUUCUUGGAAUUUUGUUUAAUGAGUGACAUAUUCCAAUAAAAUCAAGCAUUUCUCUUGUAACUAAUCUCACAGUGCGUUACAGUACGAAUACACGACGUUUGAGAAGAACGGUGUUUUCGACGCGUGUGUGCUUUGUGGGUGCCUGAACGGACGAUAGUCAGUCAAACAUGGAGAAUAGGCCGGCGCCGCUCAGGUCCAGGCGGGUCUGUCGAUUUUGCCUAACGGAAACUGAGCCACUCUCUUUUAUCUAUGAAAGGGAUCACAGCAAACCAUUUCAAGUACCACUUACGCUGCAGAUCAUGUCAUGCGUCGCCAUCGAGGUAUAUGCUGCUGAUGGGAUGCCUCAAAUGAUAUGCAGCAUGUGUCGCUGGAAUCUGGAUAGAUCUUACAAAUUUAAACUUCAGUGCAAGAAAGCUGAUGAAGCGUUAAGAGCUUAUCCAUUAUCUGGUGUUUUACCAAGACCAUUUCCACCAAUUCCAAAUGAUCCUCCUGACAUGAAUAACAAACGACCUUCAGAGCAAAGACCUCAAAUGGAAGGAAGUAAGAAACCUCGAGUUGAUAAUGGUGAUAGGGAAAGACGGGACACAAGAGACAGAGAAAGGGACAGGGAUAGAGAAAGGGAAAGAGAAAGAGAAAGAGACAGGGACAGGGAACGAGAAAGAGAUAGGGAUCGUGAUAGAGAAAGGGAAAGAGAAAGAGAAAGGGAGAGAGAGAGAGACAGGCAAGUGGAAAAACAAAGAGACAAAGAUGAUCAACAUGAUUUUUAUGAGGAAGAACAGGAUGCUGGUAGCGAAGGAGACCAAGAUGCAAAUAGCACUAAAGAAGAGCGAAAAUUAGAGCCAGGUGAGAUAAGGGUACAUGCAUGCGAUCAAUGUGAUCGUACAUUUCCUUUGCGGCAGGCUCUUGCUUUGCAUAUUCAAAGAGCUCAUCGUGAUCGUAAUUAUAAAUGUACAGAAUGUGACCGCAUGUUCUUUUCUAAAUAUGACCUUGGAAAACAUAUGACCACGCAUUCAGAAGAGAAACCAUUCUCUUGUUCAAUAUGUAACAAACAAUUCUCGCGAGCGAAUUUGCUACAACGCCAUGAGAAAGUUCAUAGAGAUGAGUUGCGUUAUGGUUGUCAGCAUUGUGAUCGCGAAUUCUUCACCACUGAAGAAUUAGAAAAGCAUGAAGAUUCCGUACAUAAAAAAGAGAAACCUUUCCAAUGUAAUAUUUGCAACAAAUGUUUCACAUACAAACAGGGUUUAGAACGACACGAGGUGCUACAUAACGAAGAUAAGACUUUCGUUUGCGAAUAUUGUAAAGAAGCAUUCCGUACAAGUACGAAAUUAGCUCGUCACUUGACAACACAUGCUGGACAUCGACCAUAUUUAUGUAAGCUAUGCCCUCGUUCAUUCCUUCUCUCUCAUCAUUUAACAAGACAUAUGCGAACACACUCUGUAGAAAAACGUCACGUUUGCGAGGAUUGCGGUAAAGCGUUUAAGCGUAAAGAGAGUUUGGAAGUACACCAAUUAACGCACACAAAACGCACAGGUAUGGGAUUGACGUGUGACGUCUGCCAGGAAUCGUGCAGGAAUCGAGCAGAUUAUGUUACACACAUAAAGCAGCAUAUUGAAGCAGGUGAGAAAAUGGGACCAGAUGGAUUACAGCCAGACAAUAAAACAAAACUUGAUUUAGAUUCCGACGAAGAGGAGGAAGAAGAACAAUAUUCGGAUGGAGAUGAUGAUUACGAACCACCGGCAUAUAUUGUGAAAAAGCUUCCAAAACCAACCAAACCGUCAGAAAGCGAAGAGGAACAAGAAAAAUCAGAGAAAGAAGAAAAUCAAAAAGAACAAGUAGUAUACGUCAGACAUAAAGAUGGUAAUAUGAUUAAAAAGACAAUUAAAACUUUGAUGCCUAUUCAACGUAGAGAGGUACAAGAUAGCAAAAUGAAGCAAAGUCCAACCAGUAACCAACCACAAUCGGCUACGAAACCUACACAGUCCAAACAGAAUGAAGAAUCUUCAAAGUCUUCCCGGGUAGAUGAAACGGAAGCCCAAGUUCAAAAAAUUGUUGCAUCAGUGUUUAAAGAGCAUAAGAUACCUCUCAAACAUCAGAAUGUUCAAGAACAAAGUAAAGAAUCAUCUACACCUACAAAUCAAUCAAGACCUCAGCAAGGACAGGGUAGCUCACAAAAUCAAGUUUCUAUAAAAGAUGAAAAAUCUGAAAUUCCUGUAGUAGUCAGUAGCACGCCUAAAGCUGUAAACACAGUUAAAGUGAUAAAGAGAAUUGUUGUCAGAAAACCUACUGCUACUACUGAAACAUCAACUAGUACAUCUGUAAAAGAUGAAGAUGCUACAGGUAGCAGUUCUCAAACACCUACUACAGGUCACAAAGUAACGAAAAGAGUAAUUGUUCGUCGAAUUAUUCGUCAGGGAGAUACGACCAGAGAAGUUAUUAUGAAUCCCGAUGGUACGAUAAUCGAUCCAGCGGAAUUAGCAAAGCUACCAACUGGCAAUGUUGUCAAGAGAGUUGUUGUAAAAAAACCGCUUGAUAAGCAUCAAAGUUUGGUUCAAGCGGUAUUGCAGUCAUCCGCGGAUCUUCGGCAACCAUCUGCUGCGAUAAAAAGUAACGAUACUAUGUUGAGCGAAUCUCCGAAAUUUGAAUUGAAAACAUCUCAGUCUGCAAAUGCAUUGCCUUCGAUAACAAAACCAACUGUAUGCACUGCACAGAAACCUACACUAGUGGUAGGAGACCAAGAAACUAAAGAAAAAUUAGAACAACUGGAAAAGAGAGUAGAGCAACAACGUUUGAAGAUUGAAGAAUUAGAGGCUCGAAAGCAACAAGAGUAUGAACCUAUCGAGGAAAUGUCACCAGAACGUCACGACGAAUCCGAUGAUGAACAACAAUUGCCAUUGAAGAGAGUGUUUGUGAAGAAAAAGCAAAGUAUGUACGACGAAGAGCAAGAAUAUAAUGACAAUGAUGUAACAAUAACUUCUGUAACAACUUCAACAACAACAACAACAAAAGUAGAAGAUAUUCAGCCCGAACCAGGAAAGGAGAAAGAAAAGAUACAAUCUGAAACGCCAGCAGAAAAUAUACCAAAAGAUGUUUCCACAAUAUCAAAACCAAUUACUGCAUCGACCGUAGUAGCAAUACCAGUAACAACAGCAAUAAUAACAACAACAACUACUACUACUAACGUUAAAAAAGAUAAUAAACCAUUAAUAACAAGUUCCAAAGUUUAUGGAAAUAAAAAGAUUAUUGUUGUAAAAUCAGAAGAAACAUCAGAAGUAGAAGAAAUGAGUCGUGAAUUGUGCAGUAUAUUGGAUUCAGCUGAAUCUGUAGUCAAGAUGCAGGAAACAGUUCUAAGUAAUCUCACUCAGAUAUCUUCUCUUGGAGAAUCGUCUUCUCAGAAAAAUUAUAAUGAUAAACCAAAAGCUGGCCCAUCUAAUUCGGAAGAAUAUUCACAGAAAGAAGAAGUCGUUGAAACUAAUUCGCAUCCUGUCUCUAUGGAUGUAUCAGAUCCGCCAGAACCGGAUUCCAUUAAAAUGGGUUCGGAUUCAAUUAAAAUGGAUCCGGAUUCCAUUAAAAUAGAAUCAGUGUCUGAAGAACAAGUCAUGGAACAACCUGAACAGAAUUCAAACUUGACUUUAGAUGAACAAGAUCUCUCAGAAUCAACAGAUAUUUUUGAACCAUCGGACAAUGUAUUAGAAGUACAGAAGACUCAGUUGGAAGAUUCUGUGAUGGAACUAGAUCAUGAAGAUCACACAAUCAAUUUAAAUGACACGAAUGACAGCCAAGACAGUCUUGAAGAUAAACUCCAACAGAUGGAAGGUUAA